UUCAAGUGAUUUUUAACUCUUUAACAUUAAGUGCCACAAAAGGACACAGAACUUAUGUGUGUCACCCUCUGUCCAGCAAAUUCAACUAUGAAUGAAUUAAAGACCAUCUUCUUUUUCUUACUAUCACCACCCUUUAUUUAAACAGACCAUUUUCAGUUCAAGUGAUCUCUAUACAUCAAAACUUCAACAACAAAAAAAUGGGAAGGCCUCCUUGUUGUGACAAAAUUGGUAUCAAGAAAGGUCCUUGGACUCCUGAAGAAGAUAUCAUUUUGGUCUCUUACAUCCAAGAACAUGGUCCUGGAAAUUGGAGAUCAGUUCCUACUAAUACUGGGUUGAUGAGGUGCAGCAAAAGUUGUAGGCUAAGGUGGACAAAUUACUUGAGGCCUGGAAUCAAAAGGGGUAAUUUCACUCCACAUGAAGAAGGAAUGAUUAUCCAUCUUCAAGCUUUAUUGGGUAACAAAUGGGCAGCCAUAGCUUCAUAUCUUCCACAAAGGACAGAUAAUGACAUCAAAAACUAUUGGAACACUCACCUAAAGAAAAAGCUCAAGAAAUUCCAAACAGAUUUGGGUUCACAUAAUUUGGCUCCUCCUCCAGAUAAUUCUAGCACUAAUAAUUUUGACCAGUUCUCAUGGCAAUUUAGUGACAAUAAACAAGUUUCAAAGUUAUUGAACUCUCCAAAUUCUUCUUCCUCUUCAUUGUAUGCUUCAAGUACAGAGAAUAUUUCAAGACUUCUAGAAGGUUGGAUGAGAUCUUCCCCAAAUCCUUCUAGAAGAAAUACCGAUCAUGAUGAGAUGUUGCAUGAGACACAAAAAAACCAAGAUCAAGAACUUGUUAAGAGUUGUGAAAAUUCUUGGAUUCAAGAUGGAGGAAUUAGCAAUAAUAUUGUAACAAUUCCAAAAGGAAAAUCAACUUGUGAAAGCAGUGGAGUUGUUGCGGAAAAGACAAGUACUAAUAGUACUUCUCCACCUCCAUUCACAUAUCUUGAAAAGUGGCUACUGGAUGAAAAUGCUGGUCAAGUUGAAGAACUCAUGGAACUUCCAAUGAUAUUCACAUAAUAAUAUUUAUUUCUUUAAUUACGACUUAUGACUACUUUUUUUUCUUUUUUCCUUGAGUGGAGUUGUUCGGGGGUUGGUUGGGGGAGGGGGAGAUAUGGCUACUCUUUUAAGAAAGCGUAACAGCUCAUUUGUCUAGCUCCAGCCUCCAUGACAUCAAAAUGGUAUCGAGGCUCAAGUAGUGAUUCAACUAAAGUGACAAGAUGUUAAAAGUGCCUCUUUAAGUGUCAAUAGCAGAAUGUUUUGUCAAUUGGAGAAAGGUUUUUGGUGACAUGACUGUGGACGAAGUCCGAUGUGUGAAUUUUUAAGUUAACAUAGUUAUAAAUUUUAUGUAACUUUUCUAAGAAGGUAAAAUAAGCUCCAUGAUAGCUUUCUCCUCAAAUCAGUCGAGUCUUGUUUAAUUUGUAAAUUAAUUAUUCAAUGUUGAAUGAAGGCAACUUAGUUUUA